AUGAAUUCAUGGGAAAUGUAUGGAAAAUGCAUAGAAAAAUGUACAGAAUGUAAUUUUUCAGGGAAUGAUAGUUUUCAAAAUGAUACUAUUGAACCAAUAAAUAGUAAUGAAGAAAGUGAUGAAGACCUACCAUCAUUAUUUGAGGAAAGUAAUGAAUCAAUAAAAUACAAUGAUAAAGAGAAUCAAAGUGAUGAUGAUGACAUGUUAAGAGAUGAUGUUAAUAUAAAUAAACAAAAAUUAAAUGGUGGAUCAAAUCAGGAUUCGAUUCUAAUAAAAAUAAGAGAUUUUGCUUUCCCAAUAGAAGAUCCAAGACAUUGGGGACAAAAUAUGAUCACAUCAUUAGAUGAUAAUGAUUAUAAGAAGGCUUGUGCACUAUAUGAUUUCCUGGCAGAGAAUACAUCAGAAUUGAGUUUUAAAGAAGGUGAUAUAUUAACAAUAAAUUACCAACAAUGUGUUGGGUGGUUAGUAGCCGAACUUGAUGGUAAGAUUGGUUUAAUACCCGAAAAUUAUGUUGCUAUAUCAUCAUCUGAUGGUGAUGAUGAAGAGCCAAUUAUCGAAUUAGAACAAUAUAAUACAAUACCACAUUCUAGUAUUUCGCAUAAUAUUUUACAGCUCAUUCAAAUUAUGAUGCAAAACUUGGAUAAAUGUUCACGCUAUGGUUGGAAUUGCCAAAAUUGA